AUGUCUUCACUACCCGUUCAACGCGUUACACUUUUCAAAAUCCCCUCCACAGAGGACCAAGCUCGGCUCAUUGAAAUUUACCGCACAAUGCCAACUCGAGCUCUUAAAGACGGAAAGCCCUACAUCAUAUCAGCUACGGUUGGACCAACAUUUGACGACAUCCGAAACCAGGGCUACACACUUGCAGCGCUUUCAGUCUUUGCUUCAGUUGAGGAUAUGAAGUACUAUGACGACGAGUGUGCGGCCCAUGGCGAGUUGAAGAACGUUGCCAAGACACUUCACAAGGGGGCCAUGAUGGUGUAUUUUCAGAGUGCCAUUUGA